UUUUUACAUGCAGACCCAGCGUCGAAGUCUCUGCGCACAGGAAAACUUUGGUGUUUUGGUCGACCAACAGCGGGUGGCGAGCUUCACAGUUUAGAGAUGUUUCUUCAACAGCGACAUUACAGGGUGCGUGGACGCAGACGCGCGGCUCAUCUUUCAGCACCAAGGACAGAGGCUGCUGCGUAGUUUGAAACCAGAGGCUUUCCCCAGCGGCCCAGCACUCAGCUCCACCGCUGCUGCUUUGAAGGAUACACUGACUCACUGCAGUUUGUCAGCGCAUACCUUCGAAGCUUCGAAAAUUACAUCGUUGUCACUGUUUUCUUUUCUUUCCUGAUUUUCCAGACGCUACAGGCUCCUCCUUGUUUGCCAUUUCCGAUAGAAACGUGUUUACUCAGAGUACAGAGCUGUCAUGAGAGAAAGCCACGAAUGCGUGAAAAUAUUUAAAGAGAAAUAGAGAAGAAACUUGAGGAAUAUCAGCGGUGGGGGAUUCUUUCUCCAGUACACUUAGAUAUUGUUUUAUGUGAAUCGCAGAAAGAACAACAGUGAGACGGCACGGUGUAAAACAGGAACAGAAGAAUGGCAGCUGCAUACAUCCUCUUCUUCACUUUGUGGGUCUCUACAGCCUUCACCACAGGAUUGAUCUGCCCUCAGCUCUGCACCUGCUCGGUUAAAUACAGCCGUCUCUUUGCAGAUUGCUCCUACAAGGAGCUAGAUAAAGUCCCAGAGGGUUUUCCUCCCAGUGUUGCGACCAUUAGUCUCUCUGCUAAUAAAAUCAGUGUACUACUUCUGGGGACAUUUGACAAUGUCACCAGGUUGAUUUCCUUGUGGAUGUCACACAAUGAGAUUGUGUCCAUUGAACAGGGGACGCUUGUGCCUUUGGUUCAUCUGCAAAACUUAGACAUCAGCCACAAUAAAAUAGUAGACUUUCCUUGGGAGGAUCUGCAGAACCUCACAGGACUGUAUAUGCUGAAGAUGAAUCACAAUGAGAUGGUCAGCCUGCCGAUGGACGCCUUCUCCAACCUGAAAGAUCUGAAGUCUCUUCGGCUCAACAAUAACAGAUUUGUGACCAUAGCUGAAGGAACAUUUGAAGGUUUGCUGUCUUUGUCACAUUUGCAGAUUUAUAAUAAUCCAUUCGCUUGCACCUGCUCCCUGGACUGGUUCAGAGUUUGGAUUUCAACAACCACCAUCUCACUCACUGAGCACAGCCUCAUCACUUGUGCAACACCAGAGAAAUUUAAAGGAAUGGACAUCAGGAAACUGCCCGAGACAAAAUGUACAAGCCCCAAUGUCACAGUAUGGACUGAGUCAGAUAAUGCACAAUUCUAUGAGGGCAGCAAACUGGUCUUGACUUGUGAAUUCAAAGGAAACCCAAAACCACUGGUCCUGUGGAGCAUUCACAGCAAAAGCCGAAAACAGGAGCUGGCUUUGUUGUUCGCUGAGGAGGGCUCUGCAGAAUCCAGCGAGGACUCCUCGGUGUCCUACGAGUCGGAUUCAGUCAAAGUCUUUAAUAACGGCACACUUCUUGUUUCAAACCUCAGGAAGGAAGAUGGGGGCAACUACAGCUGCUCUGCCACAAAUGAGCUUGGAAGAGCAGAGGAUUCAGUUUUAGUUGAGGUGAUGGCGCUGUCUACACCAACACCCACAAAGCAAAUGACCACAGUACCCACUUACACUAAAACAAACCCAUCUACACGCCAGGAAACAGUCAAAGCAUCUGUUUUUAAUGCUGUGCAGAGAAAAAAAAUUAUGAGCAUCAUACCCACUCACCCACCAACUGCAGACAGCGUUUCCGAACCUAAUGAGGAUUUAACAAAAUAUCUAUCUAGCAAAUGUGGCUUGACGGCUAAUACGAGCUAUAUUUCGAGCCCUGUCUCAAAUGGGAGCCUAGAUGACAUCAAAUACACGUUUGACUUUGGUGUGAUUGCAUUAGGAGUGUCAGAAACACAGGCAACAGUGCGACUCAAUCCUCUUCUCAUGGCCAGACAAAAGGGCAACCAGGCAGCUGAUGCCACCUCUGACAGCAAAGAGCACCACGGCCUUCCAGACAUCUCAGAAAAAGUCCCUUCAAAUGGCUUGUAUCUGUGCGUCACCGCGGACCUAAAACAUUCCGCUGUGCAGUGGUCGAAGAUCAGGGAUGGCGUCAACUCGUAUCAGUUCAGCGGUUUGCGACCAGGCACCAACUAUUCCCUCUGCCUGACCUACAGAGGGGAGGACUGUGAGGUCCACGUGCUGUUCACCACAAGAAGGAAGGUGCCAAACCUUCUCAUCAUCAUCUCAGUCAGCAUCUGCCUCCUGACCGUGUCCACUGUGCCUCUGCUCGGGGCUACAUGCUUCCACCUGGUGUACAAGUACCGCAGCAAGACCUACAAGCUGAUCCUUAAGGCCAAAGACCAGUACCACAUAGAGAGGAACCUCACCACCAACUUCAACAUCUACGCACCUCACGAGUCUCUGAAGAAGAUUGACAGCAGCCAGCUGGAUGAAGAGGAAGACGAGACGGAGAGCGGAGAUGGGGACAAGGAGGCCGAUACGGAAGAGAGUGUGGUGACCGACUCCUUUACUAUGUCUCAGUGCAGGGGGAAUUUGGACGACUGUGAGGUGGGAUCUGAGUACAGUGACAGGCUGCCUCUGGGAGCUGAAGCAGUGAAUAUUACAACUAAUUACAAAUAUCCCAAUCAGUAACUUGUCACUAUCUGUGAUAUAAUGUAACUUGCUUUCGUAACAUCCCCACCACCUCAAAAUUACAAUCCCAUACAACUAGACUGCAUCCUCCAGAAUGAUUGUGUUCUGGAUUUCAUUAAUACUGAUUGUAAUUAACAUAUCAGUUAUAUUCUCACCUUUCCUUGACGCUCCAUUUUUUAGCAAUUAUUUAAAUAUUAGUUGCGCAAGACCAGUCUCCAUGGAAUUUAACGCAAACCAUGAUAAUUUAAAUCAAAAGGUUCCACGGUGGAGCUGAAACACAGUAUCCUGGUUUAAAGUAUCAUAGAUGAUGCCUUUGGAAACCAUAUUUCCCCUAAAAUGUGACUACUGAUGUAGUUUAGAUGUAUGCAUUUAAUUAUCUUGGAUCCAGGAUUGUUUAUCAUUUGUUUAUUAAUUGUUAUGUUGCUUCAUUUGUUGGUGCCAUUCAGUUUUAUAGAAAUAUGACUUUACUACACUCGCUUGAAACAACAAUCCAUGCUGCAGCAUUCAAUGAAUGCAUGGGCAACUGGUUGCCUGUCUAUUGAUCACUGGUGGAAAUUUUCCAGACACUCCAGUGCAGCAAAUAGGACAACAACACGCUGAUAAAAUCCCCUCCAUCAAAGCAGGAAUUGUCUGUAAACUUCCUACUUGUUAAGAGAUGACUUGAAAAUUAUUAUUUUAAAAUUUGGGAAGAAGUUUCUCUUCUUGGUGAGAACAUGAUUAUCACUAUGAUGACCAUUGAUUGAUCUUAGCACUAAACAACUAAAGGUACAAAGAGUUCCUUUGCUAAUGGUCAUUUUCACACAUGUAAGAGAAAACAGGGGAUGGUCUGUACAGAUGUGUAUUUGCUACUGAAAACACUCCUCCGCACAUUGUGAGGAGCGUGCAGGAGGCAGGAUGUGACGUUCAUCACCGGGCACACUAUCGCCUGCUCUGUUCACACGUGGGUAAACCACGCAGUGUGUAGACUUUCUAAUAUCACGCUUGUAGGGUGAAGUGUAUUUAUUGCAGAGAUCUGUUCUGCCUGGUGAAGUUCGAGGUUUCAGUGAAUUUACGAAAACUGUAAUAAAAAGUUGGAGAAAGAAAGCAAACUGAAAAGCAUAGAGGAAGUAUGCACUGUCACCACAUCUGCAGAAUUCCUGAUUUUCUUCUUUGAAUAAAAAAAGUCUUUUAAAUUUUUAAAUGUGCACCUAGAUACAGAUCUACACGAAAAUACACAUAGUGAGAGACAAUCACAGGGAGCAAGUAUACUAUUUAAACGUCUUUUUAAAAAUGUAUUUCAGUACUGGUGAUCUUGAGAAAGAAAAAAAAGCCCCACAAAACAUGCACUGACUUGACCAAAUGUUAGUAACUCUAUCCCAGUAAAUGCUGUUUACAUAAAAUCAGAAAGUUACGAGUUAAGAAUUUAGAAUCAGAAUCAGAAUCAGAAUACUUUAUUGAUCCCUAGGGGAAAUUAUUUUUAUUUAGAGCGACUGUAACAGGCUGCACGCUGGUUGGCGCAUGCGCAUCUGCUUUCACGGUAUGACCACAAGAGCAAGAAUAAAAUCUUGUGUGGUGAGUGAAGGUAAAAUUUCCACAGUAGGGACUAAAUAUCUAUUAAGAAUUUCAAAGUGCACACUAUGACUAACCAACACUAAGUCCUGUAUGUAAAUGUUUUUUCAGACCAGUUAUUCAACGGUUAUAUCCACGUUUACAUGAGUGCAGGUACGACAAGAAAUGAAAGCCUAUGUAACCUUAGAAACGCUGAUAUCUCCUUCAUUUUUAAGCACUGUUGCUAAACCUGUUUCUAGAUAACAGCAGGCAGGUCAUGGAUGAGAGCACACGUUUCUGCCUGUCAGGAUGAGUACAACAGUCACAAUCAAGGUUUGAUUAAGGGAAAAAAUGCUGAUUGACUUGUGUCACAGAUGAAUUGCAGCGCAAAGCAAUGUGCGUAGUGAAAUCAGUACUAAUAAAUAUGCCUAUAUUCUGCUUUAAAGUAAAUGUGUGUGCUUCUAUUAGGAGUGUAGUGGCUUAAAAUAGAAAUUUAAUAAAAAAUCACUUAAUGGAGUUUAAAUGUUAAUGAAAACUGUGUUGUUUCAAAAAAAAAGAAAAAAGAUCAAAUCUUUGUGUACUGCAGCUGUGAGCACUUUGUUCAGCUAUACGGUAAACAUGUCCAAUAAGGAGACGUGUGUUGACUCCAAAUAUAAGGCUUCUUUAAACAGACUCUAUCGUGAUAAAAUGUAGACACCCUACUCCAAACGUAGAAGCACCUAUGAGUGUGUGUUUGCUCUGUUAUUGCUCUGUUGUAUCUGGGUCAUGUGUCCGUCCUGCUGUUUUUCCCAGGGCACAGUGUUAGAGGACCUGCAUGCUGCCUGUUGUGGAGUCACAGUAUGUUGUGUCUUAAAAAUGGCCCAAAUAAUAACUUUAGAUCAGUAUUUCUUGUUGUCUAUUUUCAGUUUUUUUAUCCCUGUGAUAAAGGAAACAGUAUGUUUUUGCCAAAGUGUUUAAAUAUUGUAACUGCCCUAUUCCUAUGU